CGAGGGAUGUGGGAUAGAAGCAGACUCGGGAGAGCGAAUUCUUCGUCCUCCUUCCGCAUUUCUGGGCCCAGCUGCAGACGGAGCGACGGCUCGGGGCCAAGUACAAGGCUUUAGAAAUUUGGUGUGCAGGAAAAUGUCUCAGCCUGCUGAAAAAGUAAAGUUUUCUGACUCGGCUGGAUAUGUGGGGUUUGCCAAUCUCCCCAACCAAGUCCACCGGAAGUCAGUCAAGAAAGGGUUUGAAUUCACCCUCAUGGUUGUCGGAGAAUCCGGUUUGGGCAAAUCCACUUUAAUUAACAGUUUAUUCCUGACGGAUCUGUACCCUGAACGUUACAUCCCUGGAGCUGGAGAAAAGAUCGAAAGGACAGUUCAGAUCGAAGCAUCGACUGUCGAAAUUGAAGAGCGAGGGGUCAAGCUACGUUUGACCGUCGUGGACACUCCGGGCUACGGAGAUGCCAUCAACAGCCAAAACUGUUUCAAAACCAUCAUCCAUUAUAUCGACAACCAGUUUGAAAGGUACCUUCACGAUGAGAGCGGCUUGAAUAGGCGCCAUAUUGUAGACAAUCGAGUGCAUUGCUGCUUCUAUUUCAUUUCCCCUUUUGGACACGGAUUGAAACCUUUGGAUGUGGAAUUCAUGAAGGCAAUUCACGGGAAAGUGAAUAUUGUCCCUGUCAUAGCGAAGGCAGACACUUUAACUUUGAAGGAAAGGGAACGACUGAAGAGAAGGGUGUUAGAUGAAAUUGCUGAGCAUGGCAUCCGGAUUUACCAGCUGCCCGAUGCCGACUCUGACGAGGAUGAAGAGUUCAAAGAACAAACGAGGAUCCUGAAGGCCAGUGUUCCUUUUGCUGUGAUCGGGUCCAACCAGCUGAUCGAAGUGAAGGGGAAAAAGAUUCGAGGCCGCCUCUACCCCUGGGGGGUGGUGGAAGUGGAGAACCCUGAACACAACGACUUCCUCAAGUUACGCACGAUGCUGGUGACACACAUGCAAGACCUCCAAGAAGUAACCCAGGAUUUGCAUUACGAAAAUUUCCGGUCAGAGAGAUUAAAAAGGACUGGCAAGCCUGCAGAGGAAGAAGUCCUGGACAAAGACAGGAUCCUUCAGCAGAAGGAGGCUGAGUUGCGUCGUAUGCAGGAGAUGAUUGCCCAAAUGCAAGCCCAGAUGAGGAUGAAACCUGCAGACGAGUAAGGAGGUAUCCUAAAACUUUGACGCGGGGACUCGGUGGUCUUAAGACAAAGGGGCCAUGAAUUAAAAUUGAAUUUCAAUGAUGACACUAAUGGAUUUGAGAGGUUCAUGCGUGGAUGCCGGACCAAGAUAUAUAACCCAGUGCAGCUAAAGAAAGAAACCUUUGAAGUUCACAUUGGAAAAACUGAACCCAGCUGUCAUACGUACAACAUUGCUUCUAUUUUUCUUCUCACAUCUUGCUAUGCAUGCAUGUAGCAUCACAAUAGGGGACCCGUUAUGUUUCUCCCUCCUUUGGCAUCUUUCGAUGUGUCUCUUGCAUUGUUUUAAAAACCCCAAUUAACAAUGCACGUUGUAUCUGCUAAGCUUUAGAACCUGCUUCUGUUUUUUUUAAUCUUCUGCCCAGGUGGCUCUUGGUACGUUUCUUUCCUCCCCCCCCCCUCCCACUGAGCAGAUUCCUGAAUCUUUACCCUCAACGUGCCCUGUCGGAAUGAUGUUUUGAGUUAAGACUUGGCCAAUUUCUUCUCAAUCGUGUGAGUUGUACCGUGUUUCCCCGGAAAUACGACCAACCCUGUUAAAUCAGUCCUAGCUUGGAUUUUUUUACACGUGCGCCCUACCCCCCCCAAAAAAAUAAGUCCUAAUUAAUAUCCUGGCUGUUAGGUAAGCUUACCCGUCAAUCACAUUUUACAGUAUGGUUUAAAGAAACAGUUACAUGAUUUAUAUAUUGCCAACCCAACCGUUAGAUCAG